GGGGAGAGAAAAGUGAGUUUCCAGCGGCUUUUUUGAAUGUAGUUCUGGAAGUGUAAAACUUCCGCACUGUAUCGACGGGACAAUGGAGAACGUCCAGCCGCAGGAAAAUAGGAAAAGGCCCAGUGGCGGAGCUAGCCAGCGGCUCCACCAGGAGGCCUACCAGCCUGGCCCUGCCAGUAAGAGGAGGUGCAGAGAGGAGUGGGUCGCUGCGGGACGAGGUGGAACACAAGGAGGAACAGGAGGAGAUGGAGGAGGAGGUCACCUGGUCGGCCUGGGGAACAGAGGAACCUCCAGGGAACCCAGGAUCUCCAGGAGAGUACGGAGAUGCUCAGCAGGCAGACCUGCAGCCCGGGCAUCUACAGGGGGGGUCUGGGGGGGCCCAGCUACAGGGGGGGUCUGGGGGGCAACAGCUGCGGGGGGGGUCUGGGGGGGGGGGCGCUACAGGGGGGGUCUGGGGGGAGUCGCUGGUCCAUAG